GACGUGCUUGAAAUUAUAUAGUCAGCUGCGUUCACUUAUUUGUCUGCUUUCACGAACGAACAGCGCAGAGUUGAGAAGUCCUUGUCGUGAUUAUGCGAUGACUGACAGUGUAUUUCCAUUUGGUAGCUACAAUUCUGGCGGAUUACAAGUUGCACUGAAGAAGCAUCUCUUUCAAACAAGAAAAAUAUGGAAGAUAGCGAACUUGAUAGACUUGCUGCCCAAGAAUUGCUUCAGGAGGCAGGAAGGGGAAAAGAAAGAGCAUCAACUAUGGGAGCUUAUGGCUGGAAGAAGAGACAGACCAGCACCAACAAAGUAUUCUUGAAAAACACAUUGAGAGGGGUCAUCUCAGGCAACAAACACCGAUCAAGUUCUCGUGUUGAGAAGCAACACAAAGAUAGUUUGAAGAGAACAGAGUUGGUUGUUGAGUGUAAAGAGGAUAAUAAAAUGCAAAUACAUCACAAGGGGUUAUACUGUGAGCGGCCAGAAGAAGCCUCGCAAGACAAGAACAGAAUGACACCAGGACAUUUCUCAAGAAAGGAUGAUCCUCAUUCAUGGAAAGCUCAUAGCGAGAGAACAGCGAGGACUGGUGUAAAGGAAAAGAAUCCAAGAUGUCAGAGAAGAGUUUCAAAUUUGAAUUCUCCAUGUUCACGUGCCAAAGAAAAAGACUAAAAAAAUCUGAAAUGUUGUGCUGAGAAAUGUCGAAAACUGGUAUAAAGUGAAACGAUCCCAGAUGCCAGAGAAGAAUUUCUACAGGGAAUUCUUCAUGUUCACUUGUCAAAGGAAAAGACUGAAGAAUCUUGAAUCUUAUGGCGAGAAAACAUACAAAACUGGUUUAGAGGAGAUUGAAACCCUUGAAACCAGCUGAAUCCAUAUCAAAGAGAAAAAUCAAAGAAACGUAUUGUUGAAAGUUUGAGGAAGAUUGAAUGAAUAAUAAGAAAGUUAUUAGCAUUUGAAUGUCGAGAUCACUAAUGCCAUGUAGAUCCUCCAAUCCUCACACACGUACAACUCCCUCAUUACUUUAGUACUUAUUUCACUUAUAUUCUCACUUUUAUAGAGUCUAUCACAAGGUGAGGUGUUCUCUUUAUGAGAGGACAAGUACAGAGGUUUCACAACAUUAUAUCAUUGAUGAAUCGUUUGUCAUAUGAUUAGAAUGAGCAAAAAGAUAUGUUUUGGGGUAUAUUUUCAGUGUCCAAAAGGGGAGAGUUGUUCAUCUGUGACAUCAUAGAUCUUGGUCGCAUUGCCAAUGGGAGGAUCUCCAUAGCAUUAGUGAUCUCGACAUUCAAAUGCUCAUAACUCUUCUAUUGCUAUUCCUAUGUUACUCAAACUUUUGUUGAUAUUAUUCUUUGAUUUUUCUGCUUUCACAAAAGCUAACUUGCUCCAAGAGUUUCAUUCUCCUUUAAGUCGCUCUUAACUUACGAACAAAGGCCCGUUUUUAUAAAACCUGUUCAAAAAACAGAUUUGCAUUAAAAGUUAAAGCUACUGAAA